CAUAGCUUUUAGCUUCUUGGUAGGAAGUUGAGCUCCUUCUGAAGCAUUUGCAGUUAAAGUGUAAAUGCACGUGAAUGGCAGCUCACAAAGAACUGUCCUUUGGCCAGCACACUGGCACGCCCACCGCCCUCCAGAAACUGGAGGGGUUUGCCAGCCGGCUGUUUCACAGGCACUCCAAAGGCACUGCACAGGACCAGAAGGCAGCUCUGGAGGAAGAAGGCCUUCGGGCCUCCGAGCACACUGCCUCAUGGGACAAACCAAUGAAAGAAUUCCUAGCCAAAGCCAAAGAAGACUUUCUGAGGAAAUGGGAGAACCCUCCCCCGAGUAAUGCUGGGCUUGAAGAUUUUGAAAGGAAAAAAACCCUUGGAACGGGUUCCUUCGGAAGAGUCAUGCUGGUAAAGCAUAAAGCCACUGAGCAGUACUACGCCAUGAAGAUCUUAGACAAGCAGAAGGUCGUUAAGCUAAAGCAAAUAGAGCACACUCUGAAUGAGAAGAGAAUCCUGCAGGCAGUGGAGUUCCCGUUCCUUGUUCGGCUGGAGUAUUCUUUUAAGGAUAAUUCUAAUUUAUACAUGGUUAUGGAAUACGUUCCUGGGGGGGAAAUGUUUUCACAUCUAAGAAGAAUUGGAAGGUUCAGUGAACCCCAUGCUCGUUUCUAUGCAGCUCAGAUCGUGCUAACAUUUGAGUACCUCCAUUCCCUCGACCUCAUCUACAGAGAUCUCAAGCCGGAAAACCUCUUAAUUGACCACCAGGGUUAUAUCCAGGUCACAGAUUUUGGGUUCGCCAAGAGAGUCAAGGGCAGGACUUGGACAUUGUGUGGCACCCCAGAGUACCUGGCCCCAGAGAUCAUCCUCAGCAAGGGUUACAAUAAGGCAGUGGACUGGUGGGCAUUGGGUGUGCUGAUCUACGAGAUGGCUGCUGGCUACCCCCCGUUCUUUGCUGACCAGCCAAUUCAGAUUUAUGAGAAGAUUGUCUCCGGAAAGGUUCGCUUCCCGUCACACUUCAGUUCCGAUCUCAAGGACCUUCUGCGGAACCUGCUGCAGGUGGAUCUGACAAAGCGGUUUGGGAACCUGAAGAAUGGCGUGAGUGACAUCAAGACCCACAAGUGGUUUGCUACGACCGACUGGAUUGCGAUUUACCAGAGAAAGGUUGAGGCUCCAUUCAUACCAAAAUUCAGAGGCUCUGGCGAUACCAGCAACUUCGAUGACUAUGAAGAAGAAGAAAUCCGAGUGUCUAUAACAGAAAAAUGUGGAAAGGAAUUUUGUGAAUUUUAGGGAGGAGAAGGAUGGCCUGGAGCUCACACUCGGUCCUUGCACGCUGUGGAGGUGGAAGGUGGAGCCGAGACCUGCUUGUUGGAGCGGGUUCCAAUCCCUUCAUUCCAGCAACCGUGAGGUCUUUCUUGCGUCAUCAGUGUGCGCUCUGCAACCGCCUGUGUACCAAGGCACCGCUCCGCAGCAUUGUCUGUGCCGUGACACGGUGUGCACCACGUUCCUGGUUUGGUUGUUUUCUCCACCCUCCUCAUCCUUCUCAUUCACUUCUCUGACCAGUGCUCCCUUUAUUUUCUUGGUGUUUCAGAUGGGCAGUGUUAUGGCUGUUUGGUAUUUAAAAAGGAAGCUACAUGUUGCUUUUUGUAGUUUUGAGCGAUAUUUUUGCUGACCAGUGGCUUGAAGAUAAACUCUCUAAUGAUUAUUUUUAUUUUGAGUAGCUUGGACUCAGUUUUGCCAAAACUCUUAGUAAUUUUGAAGGUGGAAUGUCUUAUCAGCACGGGAAUUUGCAUAAAUGAAGAUAACUUCCCAGGGGUCACUGACGUAGCAGUAAAUCAGAGCGCCUAGACGAGCAGUGAGGGUUCCUGGACAAGAGGCUUCGUUCCCCUCGGUAAUAGUCUUCUCUCCGUGAGACGAUAAGUGACCAGACAGAUGCCUCAUUUGUGAGGAAAAGUGCGGGACAUGGCUCCUGGCCCCAGCUGUCUCCCUUGGUACCAACAUCUCUGUGGGUUAGGAGAGAGGCCUAAGGUUUCAGCCUUCGCUCUUCCGUGAGGGCUUUAGCCAGUAUUUCAGGAGAGCGUGACUGAUAGGUGACAUUUUGUGAGGUCUCUCAGACAGUCCUCGUCGGCGGGUUCUUAAGGGAAACGAGCAAACAUGGAUUUGGAUAAAUGCUGUCAGCAGAAGCCUUGAUCCCUGCUUGCAGCUUAGAGGUUCUUUCCUUUAAGGGAACUUUUCUGUUGCUUUGGUUGGUAACAGGUAAGAACAGAAGCAAAGCAGUUGUUCUUGCUUCCUCCUCUGAGGGAAGAAGAUGGCACUGUUGCAGCUUUGACUGUAUCCCUGCCUGGCCAGUGACAGGAGAAGGCAAAGCUUAAGAAACUGCCACAUUUGUAUUUAAUUUUGAGGUGUGAUAUCUUUAAGUAUGUCAGAAUUGCUAACUUCUUUCUCCUUCAUAGACAGAGUAUAUGAUCAUGCAAAUACAGUUUUCAUAUUUGCUUUUCCUUAAUUUUUCUAUACUUGUUGCCAAUUGACUUAGCAAUGUUGCCAUUGUGAGGAAAUUUCAAGCACUCUUGCACAUUUAGUUCAGUGUUCCUUUGUGAAUAAAUGGCUUAACUUUUUUUUACUAUUUUUUCACUACUUUUAAUUUUCUCAUCUCAUUUUAUCUCUGUAUCAGUGACCUACCUUAAAUAGUCCACUCACCCAAAUAGUUUAAACAUUUCAUUUCAUGAUCAAUCUCCAAGGAUCUAAGAUCAUUUUGAGUCAAACCAACCCUAGUGUAUAUAGAGCUUCUCUAUCUGCCUCCAUACUGGUGCAGGUAGGUCAUUGACAGCACCCCCCUGAUCAUGUGAUCAUGUGCACACACCCUCACUAGCCCUGGAAGACAGUGGGAGUCCUACCUGAGACCUCUCUCGCCUCUCUGCAUGUCUCUUGGUUGUCAAGUGUUUCUGCAUGACAGUGUCCCACAAUAACAAGUAAUGAUUUCAGUUAGUCCACCUGUAUUUAAAAUGUGCAAGAAAAAUUGAAAUACUCUGCUGUAGCAAGUUUUAUGUAACAAAGAUAUAUCAUCGUGUUAAUAAAUUAAGAGCAUCAUUUGUAUAAAAUACUUUAUUUACUUUUUUGUAUUUCGUUUAAUCCCAAGAACAUGCUAAUCAUGUGUUCUGUGUAUGCUACAAAUUCUCUGGUAGCGUCAUUGUAUAUUAUUGUAAAAUUAUUUCAAUAAAUCAUGGGGAUGACAAUUUGAUUAUUAUAAUUUAGUUUUCAAAAAUUGAACAGAUUUCUAUGAAUCAUAAAAAUAUUUUUUUCUAUAAAAUUCUUAGUACCCAGCUAGAAUCUACCCAGGUAGAUGACCCCUAGGCAUAUAUUGGUUUCUGGGGCUUCUGAGCCAUUCCAUUUUACUGUCUCUGUUUGAAGUACAUGAGCAAACCAUCAGCUGUGUCAAGGGGUCUAUUUCUGACUAACCAAGUACACUAAAUUGGAAUAUUUUAACAUGCCUAAAAUUUCCAUUUUUAGCCACAGCUGAAAAAAAAAUUCUUUAAAAACUUGAAAUAGUAAGUCUGUGACAAAAAACCAGUAUUUUAUUCAAAUUAUAUUAUGUAAGACAGAAGAAAUGGUAUUUUACCCAGUAGACCAAGAGAUGGCGUUGUGUAGGACGGAGCCCUAGACUAGAGGGAAGCUUGUGGAGUGGCAUCAUGUGCAGAUGAGGGCAGAAACAGGCACGUUCUGGGAUCUCCUGGUUCCCCGAGUUAGGUCAGGGUUCCCUCCUUAGCUAAUAUUCUCAAGGGACAUCACACUUUGAACUAAGUUUCUGUACAGUGACACAUUUCUGUGCAUCCUUCCUCUUACCUCUGACAAUGUGCUGAAAAUGAAAACCCUUUUGACUAUCAUAAGGCCCUUGUCUGUCCCAUUCCUUACUCCCUCACUGAUGCUAAAUGUACACUUGAUAUCAAACUGUCAGCCUACCAAAAAGACGCCAUGGCUUAUGGGUAUUGCUGUCUUGUUCUUGGAAUGUACUUGUACUGAUUGCCCCUUGGUCUGAAAGAAAAUAGACGAUUAUCUUUUCCCAUUGACUGUUUUUCUUUUCCUUCUGCUUGUUGUAAGAAUCAACUGAAACAGUGUAUGUAAAGGCACCUUGUAAACUGUAAGCUUUCGAUGUAAGAUGUAAGGUGUGUUACUUCAUUAAUUAGUUCUUCGUUUAGAGUGCAAUUUCCUAUGCGCUACUAUAGCUAGGAAAUGCUGAAAACGUGUUUUUUAAUCCAUCAGUAACCGCAAAAUUAAAGUAUCUUCAAAGGACGAAA